CACCAGUUAUUUCAACUAAAAUAUUUGUUGAAAUUGAAAGGUAUGUGUCCUCACUAAUUGACAGCAUUUUUUUUUCAAACAGUUAAAUUAGUUGUUUCAACCAUCGUUUCUGCUAAUCGAAAAACAAAAAUGACAGUUUAGUUAAAUCAACAAUCGAUUAGUUGUACCAAAUUUUAACCAAUCGAAUUCAGAAAAUCAACUAAUAUUCUGGUUGAAAUGGGAUCGCGGGUGGUUCCGUGUAGAAACAUUGAAUUUCUUUGGUCAACUGUUUUUAUUUCAACAAAACAACCAGUUGAUUUCCUACGUUCAGCGUCUCAGAUUUUUUUUCUGAAUCAGCUUUGAGAUAUAAAAAUUAACUUCGACCGUAAUAAAUACUAUUGAUAUUUGUUACAAUAAGUCGCAUCAGUAGUUUAGAAAACCGAAAACAAAAAAAAAACUGCAUUUGACCAGUUCCACAUCACGGCGUAAAAAUCUUAUCGUAAACAAACGUGUCCCACGUUUAUUCGCAGCGUCUCCCGUACGUUAUCGGAACGGGGAACACAUUUAUCAUGGUGCGAUGGUACUCUUAUCAAAGUCUGUUGUCCGAAGCCACUUCAUGGGUUCAGCUUAGUCGGUCGGGUACCGAAACAAUUGGACAGAGCAAUUUUGACGUUCUGCGUAAUCUAAAAAAAAAUGAAAGCGUUUUCAUUCUCGACGGUUGUAGUGGCAUCAGUUUGUACGUUAUUGGCAGGGUUUUGCGUCAAGUCCUCCGGCGGAUCCUCGAUUCUAGCAGUGUUUCCAAGCACCAGCAAAACCAAUUAUCUUUUCGGACAGGUACUGUUCGAGGCACUGGCUUCGCGUGGUCAUCGGGUAACAGUGGUGAGUCCGUUCGAGGUUCACUAUGACAGUGAAAACAUCAAACAAAUCAAACUGAACGGCAUGUUUGCCCACCUCGAAGAUUACGGUAUGAACACGAACAUCUUCACCAAGUGGGACAAAUCCAGCUUCUACGGGAACAACAACAUGGUCUACGGGACGGCUGCGAUGGCGGAUUACACUCUCGGGCAUGAAAAGGUGCGCGACUUGCUCGAGUCAAACGAAACAUUUGAUCUACUGAUUCUGGAUCAGGUGCUGACGGAUAGUCUGCUGGGUUUGGCUUUGCACUAUCAAAUUCCAGCGAUCGUGUACAGUUCGACCGCCGCAAACAAGUUCAUCAACGAGAUGGUGGCAAAUCCACACAAUCCGGCCUAUAAUCCCAUCGCUGACCUCGGGUACUCGGAUGAAAUGUCCUUCGUUCAGCGUCUAUGGAAUACGCUGGUAUCCGUUUCGGAGCAGUUCAACUACAAGUAUCUGUAUCUUCCGGCACAGGAAGCGGUUUACCAAAGGCACUUUGCUAGGAAAAAUCUUCCCCCGUUGUUGGAUCUGAUCCACAAUGUAAGCUUGGUGCUAGUCAACUCACAUCCGGUGAUUAACUAUCCUCGCCCGAUGGUACCUAGCAUGAUCGAAAUCGGAGGCCUUCACCUGAGAAAGUUCGAAGAAUCUGGCUUAUCGGAGGACGUCAUCGACUGGGUAGAGGCCGCCAAAAACGGUGUAAUCCUGUUCAGCUUAGGAGCAAACACCAAAUCUACGGAUUUGCCAGCCAACGUACGGAAAGCUUUUACGGCGGCAUUUUCCCAACUGUCCGGAACGUUGAUCCUGUGGAAGUGGGAGAAUGCGACGCUGGCGAACCAAACAUCCAACAUCAUCAUCGGUCCGUGGAUGCCGCAGCAGGAACUGUUGGCUCAUCCAAACGUCAGACUGCACAUCACCCACGGUGGAUUGCUGGGAAUGAUGGAAUCGGUGUACUACGGGAAGCCCAUUCUUGGUCUGCCGUUGGCAGGUGACCAGGAAAUUCUGGUAGACCGAGCUGUCCGGGCUGGUUACGGCCUAAAGCUGAACUAUCAGAACAUCAGCGAGGAGUUGGUUCUGAGUUCGAUCAAACGAAUAUUGGAGGAUAAAUCAUUUCGACUGAACGCUCUGAAGGCUUCCUCACAUUUUCGAGAACAUUCCGUAGCCCCGUUGACGAAGGCCGUCUAUUAUAUUGAGUAUGUCCUGAAGAAAGACGGAGGAGCAGCGAAUCUUCGGACGGCUGCUUUGAAACUAAACUUCUGGGAACGUCAUUUGGUCGAUGUCGUUCUGGGAUUCAUCGGAAUUUGCCUGGUACCGGUGACAUUGAUUGCGACGUUGAUUCAAGUGAUUCUUCGGAGAACUCAUCGCCGAAAGCCGACGAUACCUGCUAGCAGUGGAAAACCGGUGGUCGGUAGUGGAAUCGCAACGAACAAAAAAUCCAAUUAGUGGAUGGUGACAUAUUUUGGAAGUACCUGCGACAGAGCAUUCGAGAUACCAUUAAUG